GACAUCCCGACUUCCGAUAACUUUGUCAGGCCUAGCGGUGCAUGGUGGAAUUAGCAGAGUAAUCGUUGUAGAUUAGGAGGAAAUAUAGGUGUCCCAUAAGCUGACAGUAGUAACUGCUGAUAUCUGCCUCUAAAAGAUGGCUGCUGAGCCCGGACGUGUGCUGAAACCUUUCAAUGGCGGUCAAUUGCAACAUCUCACUGCAGCAGUCAAACCAGGGAUGGUUGGAGUGCAGGCCAAGGAGAACAUCUCCUCUACACCCACAGCUGAACCUGGACGUGUGCUUAAGCCUCCCAACCGUGCAGGAGGUCCUGAUCCUAAUCCCAUAGCCAAACCCAGCACUGAAAAAGAACAAGUCUCCUCCAUUAAUCCCAAAGAACCCUCAGGACAAAGGUGGUCAUUACAAGAUUUUGAUAUAGGGAGGCCUCUAGGUAAAGGAAAGUUUGGAAAUGUAUAUCUGGCCAGAGAGAAGUCAACCAAAUAUGUUGUUGCCCUUAAGGUUCUAUUUAAGUCACAGUUACAGAAAGCUGGUGUUGAGCAUCAACUUCGACGGGAAGUAGAAAUACAGUCACAUCUGCGACAUCCACACAUACUGCGCCUUUUUGGAUAUUUUCACGACAAAACAAGAGUCUACCUCAUUCUAGAAUAUGCACCAAAGGGAGAACUCUACAAAGAGCUCAUGAAGAAUGCAAGAUUUGAUGAGAAACGAGCAAUUGUAUAUAUAAGCCAGUUGGCCAGUGCCCUGAGGUAUUGUCACGGUAAAAAGGUCAUUCACAGGGAUAUCAAACCUGAGAACCUCCUCCUCGGAAACACCGGUGACCUCAAAAUUGCUGACUUUGGCUGGUCAGUUCAUGCACCCUCAUCCAGGAGAACCACAUUGUGUGGCACCUUAGAUUACCUACCUCCAGAAAUGAUUGAGGGCAAUCUUCAUGAUGAGAAGGUGGAUCUGUGGAGUCUUGGCGUGCUAUGUUACGAGUUCCUGGUGGGAAAGCCUCCGUUUGAGGCUGCAAGCCAUGAAGAUACCUACAGAAGGAUAACUAGAGUGGAUCUUCGGUUCCCGUCAUAUGUGUCCGAUCCAGCCAAAAAUCUGAUCAGUUUGCUGCUGAAACAUGACCCAAAUAAACGGUUAUCUCUGGACAAAGUUUUAGAACAUCCUUGGAUCAAAGACAAUCAAAAUCCUGAUACAUCGUAGAAUCAAGUUUUCUAUGAAAGCACUUUUGUGAUUAUCUGGACCUCAUGUCUGUAUUCCCAAGAUUGGAGGAAAACAAUGGAGGUUCAGUAAAAAUAACUCCCCUCUUUGAAAUGAUAUAAGAUUCCUGACUUACCACUGAAAAGGUGCUGUAUCAUACAUAUGGCGGGAGAUCUUGAGAGUUGUAUAUCAUGUGAUAAUUUAUUGACCCCGGAACUGAGUAUGUGGGGAAAGGAACCCCUGGCCACAGAUUCACACAAUGUUCCAGGUAGUGUGAAAAGGAAUUUGAUACUGGACGGUGACAAAGGCUACAUUCGCGUUACCGGUUGAAACGGUACGUGUGGCGCAGAAUUUUUCCACGAUAAACGAACACUCUUGGA